UAUGUUGAUCACACUACGAGUAAAACUGCCCGUCGAGGCCACGAGUUGCAUGUGGAUUACUGGGAAUUGGUAGGAUUAGCUCUUGCCGGCGGGGCGGACACGAUUCUCAAUGAAGAAGCGCACCAAGAUGUGCAGCUGGAUAACAGGCACAUCAUGAUUCGCAGCGAGAACACAUCGAAGAUCCUGAUCCAGGCUUUCCGCAGUCACUAUGCUGAUCGUGGAUAAACGGAAGUGAAUCCUCCAAUGAUCGUGCAAACACAAGCUGGAGACUUCUUCGGUGAGCAGGCUUAUUCUCAGCUGAACUUAGAGACGUGCAUGCCCUCGCUCGGGGACGUGUACUGCAUCGCGGAGAGCUUCCGGGCGGAGCAGAACAGGACGCGCCGCCACUUGGCUGAGUACAGUCACAUUGAGGGCGAGUGUCCCUUCAUCACGUCCGACGAUCUGUUGGAUAGACUGGAGGAUCUCGUCUGUGAUGUGGUGGAGCGCGUGCUGAAGGUCGCGUACGGACAUCUUGUGGAGAAGCUCAAUCCGGGCUUCCUACCGCCUAAGAGACCCUUUCGCAGGAUGAACUACAGCGAUGCCUUCAAGUGGCUGCGCAAGAACAAUGUGACUAAGGACGACGGGACGUUCUUUGAACACGGUGAGAACAUCCCAGAAGCGCUUGAGCGCAAGAUUACCGACGCCAUCAACGAGCCCAUCAUGCUGUGUUGCUUCCCACCUCAGAUCAAGCCAUUCUACAUGUCUCGCUGCCCGGAAGACGCCUCGCUGACUGAGAACGUGGGCGUUCUGCUCGAAGUGGGAGAAAUUGUCGGCGAAUUCAUGAGGAUUUCCAACUACGACGAACUUCUCGAGGGUUAGAGAUUCCUGAGAACUUUUGAGACUUAGCACUUUGUGUUCG